UGUAUUUUCUGUUUCUGCAAGGAUUUGGACUAACAGGCGAGGUCAGAGUUUCCUCCCUUUAGUUACACACAUUAGUCUCUGGACACUAAGACCCUACACACAAUCCUCCAGCAGACCCACCUACUCAGGUGAAUAUAAAAUCUUGACAGAAUAGCUCACAGACACUAAAGCUCACACAGGAGCAUCCUGAACAUCGCUACACACUGAGACGACAUGGACACAAGAGCCUCCCUCUCCAUUCUGCUGCUGCUGUUUGGCAUCUCACAGGCAUCUUAUUUCAUGGAACCAAGUUAUGAAGAUGUGUCCAUACCUCUACCAGAAAAUGUUGACAUCACUACACAGAUUUUGGGCUCCAACAAUGGAUCUUCUGAAGUCUUGAUUGAAGGAGAUCUGGUGUUUCCCAAAACCAGAAAUGCUCUCAACUGCUUUAACAACAACUGUUUCUGGAAGAAAAACUCUAACAACAUAGUGGAGAUCCCUUACAUAGUGAGCGGUGAAUUCUCCUAUAAUAACAAAUUAGUUAUCACAAAUGCCAUGUCCACCUUUCACUCCAAAACCUGCAUCCGCUUUGUGGCCAGAUCAACUCAGAGCGACUACAUCAGUAUUGAGAACAAAGAUGGGUGCUACUCUUCUCUUGGCAGAACUGGUGGCAAGCAGGUGGUCUCCCUCAACAGGCAAGGCUGUGUGUAUCACGGCAUCGUUCAGCAUGAGCUCAAUCAUGCCCUGGGCUUUUACCACGAGCAAACCAGGAGCGAUCGGGAUGAGUACGUCAAGAUCAACUGGGAGAACAUGUCUCCUGAUAUGGCCUACAACUUCCAGAAACAAAACACCAACAACCAAAACACUCCAUACGACUACGGCUCCAUCAUGCACUAUGGAAGAACAGCCUUCUCCAUCCAGCCCGGGCUGGAAACCAUCACUCCCAUUCCUGAUGAGACGGUGGAAAUCGGACAGAGGCAGGGAAUGUCCAACACCGACAUCCUGAGGAUCAACAAGCUGUAUGGAUGCUGA